GCAAAAGUGAGGUUAGUUUUCCAAUACAGUGAAGGGUUUUUGGGCAAAAUUUUCGUGCUGGAUUUCUCACUGUUAAUCUCUUCGAGUUUUGGUGAAAAGCGUGCUAGAAGAAGUGUGAAUAUGUUUUCUUCAGAUUCAGAUUCAGGGGUACUCCACCAGAGCCCCAAUUCGGCUUUAUACAGCAAAGAAAGUACUCCCGUCGAAAUUGAGUAUGCCAGCGAGUCUAUUGGUACAUUUUUUGGCUCUGAGGCCAAUAGGCACAAGGAUCUCAUUGAGAUGCUGGACGGUAACAAAGUCGGUCUCAAAUUGGAGGCAAUGAAGAGAAUUAUUGGGAUGGUGGCUAAAGGUCGGGAUGCUUCUGAUCUGUUUCCAGCUGUUGUGAAGAAUGUUGUAUCUAAGAAUGUUGAGCUGAAGAAAUUGGUGUAUGUGUAUCUCGUGCGAUAUGCUGAAGAGCAGCAAGAUUUGGCUCUGCUCUCAAUUUCGACAUUCCAGCGAUCUCUUAAGGAUCCCAAUCAGUUGAUUAGAGCCAGCGCCUUGCGAGUUUUGUCCAGUAUACGCGUUCCUAUGAUUGUUCCCAUUGUGAUGCUAGCUAUUCGAGAUUCAGCUUCCGAUAUGAGUCCCUAUGUUCGAAAGACAGCAGCUCAUGCCAUUCCGAAACUUUAUAGUUUAGAUGCGGAACAAAAAGAGGAACUUGUUGGUAUUAUUGAGAAGCUAUUGUCAGAUCGGACAACUCUUGUUGUGGGAUCUGCUGUGAUGGCUUUUGAGGAAGUGUGUCCAGAGAGAGUUGAUCUGAUUCACAAAAACUAUAGGAAAUUUUGCAACUUAAUUGUGGAUGUUGAUGAAUGGGGACAGGUCAUUAUUAUAAAUAUGCUAACGAGAUAUGCAAGGACACAGUUUGUAGAUCCAAAUGCUCAUGAAAAGUUGCUCAGUGAGGAGCGGAAGAGGAAGAAGAAAGCUCCAAAAUUCUCAGAUUCAACAUCAAAUUCUUCUCAAGAGGAUGAAGAUGAACAAGAUGAAGAUGAUGAUGAUUAUGAGCUGAAUCAGGAAAAUAAGUGUAUUCUAGAUCCUGAUCAUCGGCUUCUUUUGCGUCAAACCAAGCCUUUGCUUCAGAGCAGGAAUGCUUCAGUUGUGAUGGCUGUAGCGCAGUUAUACCAUCAUAUUGCGCCAAAGGCCGAUGUUCUUAUUGUGGCGAAGGCCUUGGUACGUCUUCUGAGGAAUCAUAAGGAAAUCCAGAGUGUCGUGUUGACUUCAAUUGCUUCGAUGUCGCAGGAUCAGAAGAAUCUCUUCGACGUAUACAUCAAAUCGUUCUUUGUGAGAACAAAUGAUCCUACUCACAUAAAACUCCUGAAGGUGCAAAUUCUAACGAAUCUCACCACAGAGACCAAUAUUUCUAUCAUUCUACGAGAAUUUCAAACGUACAUCAAGAGUAAUGAUAGAGAAUUUGUCAUGGCCACAAUUCAGGCUAUUGGACGAUGUGCUACGACUAUUAGCCAAGUGACAGAAGUCUGCCUAACAGGGCUAGUUCACAUGCUGUCCAGCAAGACAGAAUUUGUUGUGGCAGAAAGUGUAGUGGUCAUUAAGAAGCUUCUCCAGAGCCACUGUGCCAAACAUCGUGAGAUCAUCAUUCAAAUGGCCAGACUGUUGGAUCAUAUUACUGUUGCAGCUGCCAGAGCGGCCAUCAUUUGGCUAAUUGGCGAGUACAAUGAGUAUGUGAAGAAUAUAGCACCUGAUGUGCUUAGGAAGAUAGCAGAGACCUUCAUCAAUGAGGAAAAUUCCGUUAAACUCCAAAUACUCACAAUGUCUGUGAAGCUUUUUGCUACGAAUCCCGAUCAAACUCGCCUCUUGACCAAAUACAUCUUUGAGCUUGCACGCUAUGAUCAGAAUUACGAUGUUAGGGAUCGUGCACGUUUCUUAAAGGCCCUUGUGGGAAUUGAUGGGGAAGGCAGUGUUCUGAGUAAGAAUCUGCAGAAAAUAUUUCUGUCACGGAAACCAGCUCCUGUGAUGGAAAAUGGGGCUCAUGAAGGGGCUACAGCCCUUCAACUUGGUAGCUUAUCGCACUACCUGAAACUUAAAGCCAAUGGAUAUCGGGAUCUUCCGGAUUUCCCAUCAGUUGCACAGGAUUCCUCUGUGAGAAAUGUUCAGAACAAGAUUGAUAUUGUUGUGAGUGGGGAAAGGAGUCUUUUGGGUGCGGAAGUCGAUGGGAAUUCCAGAAAGACUGGGAAGGAGAAAUCUCGGGAUUUCUACUCUGAGGAAUCAUCUAGCGAAAAUGAAGACGAUGAUGAGGAUGAUGAUGAAGAUGAUAGUGAUAAAUCCAAGGAUAAAAAUGAUUCUGAAGAAUGGACAGAAGAUGAUGAUGAGACUUCGAGUGAAGAGUCAUCAUCUAGUGAAUCUUCUUCGGAAUCUGAUGAUGAUGAGGAAGAACAGGAAAAUGGGCAAGAGGAAUAUGGUAAUGCGAAACCGCAGGAAAGGGUUAAGAAAGUGUCCAAUACGUCAAAUCCUCCGAGUAAUUUGGAUUUAUUGUCCGAUUUGGAUAAUUCAAUGUUUUCUACACCUUCCGGAGGGGUUUCUAUUAAACCUCUGGGCCUGUUGCAGCCCUCAGCAAUGACUUCGCCCAUGGGGAAACACCAAGUUCUUCCGCCAGUUUUCACAUCGUCUGAACAUCUUGAGCUUUUGAACAAAAUCAAUGGAUUUGGCCUGGGAAUUGUCUAUCGUUUCACGAGAUUUAAUCAUUUAACCUCAGCCACUCAUCUCUCAGUUGAAGUCAUCCUCAAGAAUCACAACACUGUCCAGGAGAUCACGAAUAUCCAUGUAGACGGGAAAUCUUUUGGUAAUGAUGCCAUCCAUGUAUUUCCGGCGAUUUCUCAACUGUCACCAAAUGCCUCUCUUACUGAAACUCUUGGAGUAGACUUUAACGAUUCCACUCAGCCCAUCUCCUUCGCCAUUCUGAGUAGCUUGGGUAGAUCUACAGUGUCAAUUGGAGCACCAGUAGGGGAAUUAAUUCAACCAAUUAAAAUCCUUGAAGAUGCAUUCAGAGUUGAAAGAAACAAACUCAGAGGGAUGACUGAGCAUUCUUGUACCCUCUCAACUACUUCGGACCAGAAAAUGAUUCAAGAGAAAAUUUUAAGAAUGGCCAAUGUUGCACCAAUAGAGUCCAAUGAAGAGAAAAUCCUCCAAUUUGCAGGUCAAACACUCAAGUCUAAGAGUCUCUUGCUGAUUACCGUGCUUAUAAAGGAUGCCCAGGAAGCACAGGUAACAGUCAACUGUGAGAAAAUCGUCAUGGGAUCUAUCCUUCUCAAUGACAUCAAAUCCCGUGGCAUCUAAUGGUAAGUACUCAUCGUUUCUACAUUCAUGAAUUUAUAAUUAAUGUUAUUCAGAAAUUAUAUAUUUCUUAAUUUUUAUUUCAAUAAAAUUAUUAUCAUUAUCA